AUGCAACAGCAUCGAGUGUACAGGUAUAUCUCGAGUGCCCCUAAAGUAAACCAGUAUGGUCGCCCCUGGAUCAGCUAUUCAGGGGCGCUUAAUUACGGUACUGAGCUGCAAUUACAGGGGCAGUGA